AUGGAAACUACCACCAAAACGCAAGUUGAAUAUGGAGAUCCUCAUUGUGAUGGAAAACAGGUAAUAGUUGAGUUGUUUGAAUGGCGGUUUGCUGACAUUGCUGAUGAAUGUGAACGAUUCUUAGGCGAUAAAGACUUUUGCGGUGUUCAGGUUUCACCGGUCACCGAACAUGUGGCUAUUUUUGACCGGCCUUGGUAUGAGAGAUACCAACCAGUCAGUUAUAAAAUCGAAUCGAGGAGUGGAAACGAAACAGAAUUCAAAGAUAUGGUUGACCGUUGUAAAAAUGUAGGAAUCAGAAUCUACGUCGACGUCGUUUUAAACCAUAUGACUGAACCCAACUUACAUGGUAAAGGCAUUGCAGGUUCAACUUUCAACUCAACAACUCUUGACUUUCCUGCUGUACCAUACAACAGAUCGCAUUUCAAUGCUCCAAGCAAGUGUCCAUCACGGGAUGGAAAGAUCCACAGUUAUAACCAACCUGAUGAAAUCCGAAAUUGUUAUUUAGACAAAUUACCAGACUUAGAUCAAAGUCAACCAUUUGUUCGCAGUAAGAUUGUUCAUUUGCUGGAUCACUUGAUAGAUUUAGGAGUGUCCGGGUUCAGAGUUGAUCGCGCUAAGUUUAUGCAUCCGGAAGACAUUUUAGCCAUAGAGAAACUUACAAGAAAUCUCACAGAUGGCGGAAAGCCUUUCUUUUUCAAUCACGUAGAAGAUUACAACCAGGAUUCAAUCAAAAGUAGCGAGUACUAUCAGAAUGGACGCGUCACAGAGUUUCAAUAUUGUAGAAAACUGGCUGCAGGAAUUAAUAAUUUCACAUUAUUAAAUGACCUUAAAGGUCCUUCAUCAGGAAUGGCUGACUCACCACAUGCCCUUGUUUUCGUUGAUAACCAUGACAACCAAAGAUCCGAUAUAAGUAAUGUUUUAACUCAUAGAACACCGCGUGAGUAUAAAAUGGCAAAUGCAUUCAUGUUGGCGAAUGAUUAUGGAUUCACUCGAAUAAUGAGUAGCUAUUAUUUUGGCGACGAUACACAAUUAAGUCCACCACAAUAUACGAAUAAUAGUAUGAAAGAUCCCAUUACAUCUAUUAAACAACAAGGUACAUGCGGACAUGGUUGGGUAUGUGAGCACAGAUGGCCUUCAAUAGCUAACAUGGUAGUUUUCCGCAAUGCUGUAGAAGGAACGGGGAAAAGACAUUGGAGAAACCAAAACAAUCAACUGUCAUUUGCACGUGGUACAAAAGGAUUUUUCGCCAUGGCCAAAAACGGUAAAAUGAACGAAACUUUAGAUAUAGGACUUCCGGCAGGAGAGUACUGUGACCUUAUUACUGAUUGUAGAAAAACAGUAACUGUGACUAAAAAUGGAUAUGCACGAAUUGAGAUUGACAGCGCUGAUAGACCAAUACUAGCGUUUAUUGUAGAUGGUCCACUUGCAAAUCCAGAAACGCAUUUUGGAUUGCAUAAAGGAAAUGUAAUAGGCAAUGUUAUAAGCGGAGGCAGUCUCAGUAGAAGUACAACUCAAAGAGAAACAACGACGGUACCAGUCUUAUCGACUGUUGCAGCUAAUAUUUCUACUACAGAAGCAGAGAUUGAUACAACGUCACGUGUUAUGACAAUGAGCUCUCCCACAACUACUGCUAGAGAAACUACCACUACCAUGAUAUCUAGUUCUGCGACUACAGUGCGAACUUCUACUUCUUCACCAAAGUGUGAUGACACUAGGAGGACUGUUAUUUUCUUUCAAGAGUACACUGUGUCUGGACAAUACUUGUUCAUUCGAGGUGGUAUAGAUGAUCGUCACAGAUCAGGUUGCAAAGAUAAUCCUGUUGCAUCAAUCAGUAAUUGUUCAAUACCAAUACAAAGCCACGAUCUUGGAUCAAGCGGGCAUUAUGACGCGUAUAAUGCAUGGCGAAAAGGAGACAAAUUCUUGGAUUGGUAUGGACCUGAGCCAGGUCAAGGUAGCUUCCAAGGAAACGGCGCCCGAGGAACGCCUGCUGUCUGGACCACUAACAACCCAAAUGAUGGUAGAUACAACAAACUUAAUAAAUUUGGUGAACAUUAUUGGUUUGUGGACAUUGAUAUGGAUUGCUGCAAGACCAUAAAUGGUUGGUUCGAAGUAAAAGCUUAUAUGGGCUAUCAUGAUAAUGGAAACUGGGAAGGUAACAUAUUUCAAGGAUAUAAUCCUUGCAACGGAACCGAACGAACACCGUACGAAAACGUUAAUCACUGGGCUAAAUGUGGAAUGAUGAACGUCUUUCAUUUCAAUCAAAAGGCAUGUCAAACAUAUUCAUUAAAUUGA